AUGUUGCCUGAAUUUUUGAGUGAAACAAACCCCAAUUCACUCGGGGUUUCAGUAUGCAUAGUUAUUCUGACUUCGGCACUAUAUUACUUUGUUAUUUAUCCACUUUUUUUCCAUCCUCUAGCUAAAAUACCCGGUCCAUUACCAUGCAAAAUUACCAAGUACUGGUUGAUUUAUAAAUCAUGGAAAGAAGAAAAAAUCGGUUAUGUUCAGUCGUUACAUGAGAAAUAUGGCUCAAUUGUUCGUAUUGGACCUGACCAGGUUGACAUAUGUGAUGCAUCAUACAUCAAAGAUAUUUACGUUGCUAAUUUUGAUAAAACUGAUUUUUUUGCACAUUUCUUGUUCUUUGGCGUCCCCUGUGCCUUUUCAACUAUUGAAAAGGAAAAACAUAAAGAAUUCCGUAAACCAACCAACCGGUUGUACACAAAGUCCAAAAUAUGUUCUCCGCAGGUUAUGCCAAGAGUUGAAAAAGUAAUAUAUGACACAUUGUCGGUUUUUCAUCAAUACCACAACCAUGAACUGAACAUCUUCUUGGUGUUUUGUGAUAUGGCAAUGGAUGCUGUUACAUCUAUUUCAUUCGGACCAGCCUAUGACCCACUUCUUGCAGACCCAUUUGGAAAGGGCAAGACUAUCUGUGGGGACUUUUCAAUUCAAUCAUCCCCCGGAUUCUGGGUUACGGAGAUGCCCUACUGGCUUGACUGGGUUGUUACAAAGCCGGUGAAGGAAGCUACUAAACGUUGCCACGAUUGGGUAGAGAGACAAUUUAAUGCAGCGUACCAGAAGUUAGGUUCAACAACGAGCAAAGGUGUCGAUAUAGUUCUCAAUUCAUACUUUGAAUAUGAUCCUGAAGAAGACAAAAAUAAGCAAUUGACCAAGUUGUUUGAUCAAACACACGCCAAGAGUGAAAUAUAUGAUCACAUAGUUGCUGGUCAUAUAGGUACUUCUACCAUUCUAACAUACUUCUUUCUUGAGAUGGCCUCUCAACCAGAAGUCCAAGAAAAAUUGAGAGAGGAAGUAAUGAAACAGUUGAAUAACAACGAGCCAAUCCCAACUAACAAUUUCAAUCCAAUUGGAUACUCUGUUAUUGAUGAUGAAAAAAAAUUACCUUAUUUGCAUGCUUGUCUGAAUGAAAACUUUCGUUUAUUCACCGGUGUCGGUCAAUUACCACGUGUUGUUCCACCCAAGGGAAUGCUUUUUCGGGGGUCCGAAAUUGUACCUCCAGUUAAAAUUCCUUGCAACUCAGUAGUUUCCAUGCAACCAUGGUCAGUUCAUCGUGUUGCAGCAGUUUUCCCCAACCCUAACAAAUACGAUCCUCAGAGGUGGCUGGAGGCAAGUGAAGUACAACUAAAGACCAUGAAAUCUCACUUGUUGCCCUUUGGUACCGGUGCCAGAAUGUGUCUUGGACAGCAUUUGGCCACCGCCGAAGUUAAAAUGAUUAUGGCCAAUAUAUUAUGCCGUUAUAAAGUGCAACUUGCAGACGAUUUUGAUUACGAAAAAGACGGUGCAAUGAGAGACUUCUUUGUCACCGUCCCAAAGAGUGAAAAAAUGAUGCUGAAGUUUAUUCCCCUUGAGUCUUCUACUCUAUUCUAA